AUGGCCUCCCGUCCAGAGCUCAAGGUCGAAGACGAGACAGGCUUCAUCAGGUUCUUCCGUAACCUGCCCGCCAAGAGCGAGGACACCGUCCGCAUUUUCGACCGCGGUGACUUCUACACUGCCCAUGGCGACGAUGCCAUCUUCAUUGCCCGCACUGUUUAUAGGACCACAUCCGUCCUGCGCCAGCUUGGCCGCGAGCCCGGUCUCGAAUCUGUCACUCUCUCCAUCACCGUCUUCCGCAACUUCCUCCGCGAAGCCCUGUUCCGCCUAAGCAAGCGCAUUGAGAUAUGGGAGUCCACCGGUCGUUCGAAUUGGAAGGUCACUAAGCAGGCCUCGCCCGGAAAUUUGCAGGACGUUGAGGAGGACCUUGGAGGCCAGCUUGACUCCGCUCCAAUAAUCCUCUCUGUCAAAAUUACCGCAAAGGCAUCCGAGGCGCGCCACGUCGGUGUGUGCUUUGCUGAUGCAAGCGUGCGCGAGCUUGGUGUCAGCGAAUUCCUCGAUAACGACCUCUACUCCAACUUCGAAUCUCUUCUCAUCCAGCUGGGCGCGAGAGAGUGCUUGGUACAAGCGGACAGCUCGCGUAAAGACGUCGAGUUGGCCAAGUUAAGGACAAUAGCCGACAACUGUGGUUGCGCUGUCUCCGAAAGAAGCUCCGCCGACUUUGGCACCAAGGACAUUGAUCAGGACCUCUCCCGUUUGCUGCGCGAUGAACGCGCCGCAGGUACCCUACCGCAGACCGAUCUGAAGCUGGCCAUGGGCGCUGCGGCGGCACUGAUCAGGUACCUGGGAGUCAUGUCCGACCAGACCAACUUUGGCCAGUAUCAACUAUACCAGCACGAUCUUUCACAAUUCAUGAAGCUUGACGCUGCAGCAUUGAAGGCACUCAAUCUGAUGCCAGGUCCUCGCGAUGGCUCCAAGUCUAUGAGCUUGUACGGUCUACUGAACCACUGCAAGACACCACUCGGUAGUCGGCUCCUCGCUCAAUGGCUCAAGCAGCCUCUUAUGGACGUGAGGGAAAUCGAGCGCCGACAGCAGCUCGUUGAAGCUUUUGUCAUGGAUACCGAGCUCCGUCAAAUCAUGCAGGAGGAACACCUGCGGUCGAUCCCUGACCUUUACCGCCUGGCAAAGAAGUUCCAGCGGAAGAUGGCAAAUCUCGAGGACGUCGUUCGCGCAUAUCAAGUAGCCAUUCGCCUUCCAGGCUUCCUGGGUACCCUUGAAGGUGUCAUGGAUGAACAAUACAAGGAUCCCUUGGAUGCGGAAUACACUGCAAAGCUGAAUGAAUGUUCCAACAGUCUGUCCAAACUUCAGGAGAUGGUCGAAACCACCGUCGAUCUGCAGGCAUUGGACAACCACGAAUUCAUCAUCAAACCUGAAUUUGACGAGGAUCUUCGGAGUAUCAGCAGACGCUUGGAGAAGAUCAGAAAGAGUAUGAACGAUGAACAUUCGCAAGUAGGCGAUGACCUUGAUCAAGACACCGUCAAGAAGCUAUUCUUGGAGAACCACAAGGUUCACGGAUGGUGCUUCCGCUUGACUCGUAACGAAGCCGGUUGCAUUCGGAACAAAAGGCAAUACAAGGAAUGCUCGACGCAAAAGAAUGGCGUCUACUUCACCACCGACAAGAUGGCAGAGUUGAGAAGAGAGUUCGACCAGCUUUCAGAAAACUACAACCGCACACAACGAGGCCUCGUGAAUGAGGUGGUCAAUGUGGCCGCGUCGUACUGCCCGGUGAUAGAGAGACUUGCCGGUAUCCUGGCUCAUCUAGACGUUAUUGUCAGCUUCGCUCAUGUAUCCGUCCACGCCCCCACGGCCUAUGUCCGUCCCAAGAUGAACCGGCGUGGAACUGGCAACACAAUCUUAAAGGAGGCUCGGCACCCGUGCAUGGAAAUGCAAGAUGACAUCUCCUUCAUCACGAACGACGUUUCUCUCGUCCGUGGAGAGUCCGAAUUCCUCAUCAUCACCGGCCCUAACAUGGGUGGUAAGUCGACAUACAUCCGCCAAAUCGGCGUCAUCGCCCUGCUCGCUCAGGUCGGCUGCUUCGUGCCUUGCAGCGAAGCCGAGCUCUCCAUCUUCGACAGCAUCCUCGCGCGCGUAGGCGCCAGCGACAGCACUCUCAAGGGCGUGUCCACCUUCAUGGCGGAGAUGCUCGAGACGGCCAACAUCCUGAAGAGCGCGACGCGCGAGAGCCUGAUCAUCAUCGACGAGCUCGGCCGCGGCACCAGCACGUACGACGGCUUCGGCCUGGCCUGGGCCAUCUCCGAACACAUCGUGCGCGAGAUCGGCGCCUUCGCCGCGUUCGCGACGCACUUCCACGAGCUCACCGCGCUCGUCGACACGUACCCGCAGGUGCAGAACCUGCACGUCGUCGCCCACAUCGGCGAGCGCCAGCAGCAGCAGCAGCAGGACACGGCCAUGGCGGAUGCCGACGACGACGAUGCCGCCGCCGCCACGGAAAAGCGCAGGGAGGUCACCCUGCUGUACAAGGUGGAGCCGGGCGUGUGCGACCAGUCGUUCGGCAUCCACGUGGCGGAGCUGGUCCGCUUCCCGCAAAAGGUGGUCAACAUGGCGAAGCGCAAGGCGGACGAGCUCGAGGACUUCUCCGGCAAGCACGAGGAUGACGCGGGCGCGGCGGGCGAGGCGAGCAAGGCCGAGGUGGAGGAGGGCAGCAGGAUGCUGAAGGAGGUGCUGCUGAGGUGGAAGGAGGCGUGCAGGGCGGAGGGGCUGACGGGGAAGGAGGAGCGGGUGGCGAAGAUGAGGGAGUUGGUCAGGGCGAACGAGGAGCUGAUGCGGAAUCCGUUCUUCAAGCGGGUGAGGGCGCUGUGA